CAGUUAUUUUAUAAGUAUUAUAAAACAUUCACUUCUCCCCGCCAAUCAUGGAAAAUGGACCAGUUUCUUGUUUACCAACAACUCCCAAGAUGUCCAAAGCUAAAAAAGUAAUCGAAGAAGCUUUGGAAAAUCAAAAUCCAGAGCUGGAUCUGGCUGAUAAAGGGGUUGUAUCUUUUGAAGAGAUGCCUGGACUCGUUGAUAUGCAUAAUAUAACACGAAUCACAUUGAGUCAUAACAAAAUACAAAAAGUGCCUCCUGGAAUUGCAAAUUUAACACAAUUAGAAAUGUUGAACUUAUUUAACAAUCAUAUUGAUGAGUUGCCUGUAUCCUUGUCUUCCAUGCCAAAGCUUAGGAUAUUGAAUGUUGGAAUGAAUCGUUUAGACUCUUUACCCCGUGGAUUUGGUGCCUUUGCUGUGUUAGAAGUUUUGGAUUUAACUUAUAAUAAUUUAAAUGAAUCAAGUUUACCUGGAAAUUUCUUCAUGUUAGAAACAUUAAGGGCAUUAUAUAUGGGUGACAAUGACUUUGAAACUAUACCUUCUGAAAUUGGACAGUUAAAAAAUCUUCAAAUAUUAGUACUUCGAGAAAAUGAUCUCAUAGAUAUACCAAAAGAAAUUGGGUAUUUGCCCAGACUACGUGAAUUACAUAUUCAAGCCAAUCGUUUAACUGUACUACCACCAGAGUUAGGUAAUUUGGAUUUGAUUGGCAAUAAAUCUGUGCUAAGAAUGGAUUUCAAUCCAUGGGUUGCUCCAAUAGCUGAUCAACUUCAAGUUGGUGUGUCUCACGUUAUUGAUUACAUUAGAUCUGAGACUUAUAGAUAUUUAUAUAAUCGACAUAUAACUGCCAGAGGUCCUCCUCCACCAAAGCUUAAUGAUAAAACCAGGAAAAUAUCUAGAAAUCGUCAAUACAGCUAGAUUUAAAUUUAUCAAUCACUUUAUAUAUAUUUUAUAGAAUGACCUAACAGUUUUAUUGAUUUUUUUUAACAAUCGUAUGUUUCCUAACAACAAAAAAUUGUUUGUAAUUUUGUAUUUUUAUCCAAGUCCUAAAAUUUUAACAUCAAAAAAUUUGUUGGUAAUUUUUUUGUUAUUUAUUUGUUGUGAAAUAUAAUUUUAUUAAUGGGUUAAAAAUUAUUUAUAAAAACUAAUAUUUUAAUAUAUGUACAAUUUAUUUAUUUUAA